GGCUAUGUGAAUGGAAUAACGCAAGAGAUAGCAUGCUUUACCAGAAAUCAAGAGAAAAAUGGCUAAAGGAGGGGGAUGCAAACAGCAGGAGGUCAAAAGGCUCAUCAAGGACUACUUCAAGAAGAAAUUUGAGGAAGAAAGAUGGGAGAGACUAGAAUUUGUGCUAGACAGUUUCAGGAGGUUAUCAAUUGAAGAAAUCAAAUCUCUGGAAGCAGCAUUUACAGAGCAGGAAAUCCAAGAAGCAGUGUGGGGGUGCAACGGUAGUAAAAGCCCAGGACCGGAUGGCUUCAAUUUCAAUUUUCUGAAGAAAAUGUGGCCAAUACUGAAGAAGGAUCUAUACGAAUGCAUGGCAGAAUUUCACAUGAAUGGGAAGUUAGCUAAAGGAAGUAAUGCAUCAUUUAUUGUCUUGGUCCCUAAGAAGGAGAAUCCUCAAUGCUUGGGAGAGUAUAGACCAAUCUCUCUCAUUGGUUGCAUAUACAAAAUCAUCUCCAAAAUCCUAGCUAACAGAUUGAGAAAAGUAAUGUCUUCCCUAAUUGGUCCCCAACAAUCUGCAUUCAUAGAAGGAAGACAGAUCACAGACGGAAUAAUUAUUUUCAAUGAGAUGGUACACGAAGCCAAGAGCAGCAAAAAGCCAGUAUUGAUCUUCAAAGCAGAUUUUGAAAAGGCUUAUGAUAGUAUCAAUUGGAAGUUCUUGGACAGUAUGAUGAGUAAAUUUGGGUUUAGCCACAAGUGGAGAACAUGGAUCAGGGAGUGCAUAUCAUCAGCUAUAGUUUCAAUCCUGGUUAAUGGGAGCCCUACAGAAGAAUUUCAAAUGGAAAAGGGACUACGACAAGGGGAUCCUUUAGCCCCAUUUCUAUUCCUCAUGAUAGCCGAAGCUCUAAAUGGCCUUAUGUUGAAGGCAGCGGAGGAGAAUUUGUUCCAGGGGGUGGAGAUUGGCAGAAGCGGCCUUAAACUCACGCAUUUACAAUACGCAGAUGAUUCUAUCUUCUUUUGCGAAGCAAAUGAGCAAAAUGUUAUGGUCCUAAAGAGCAUCUUAAGAAGCUUUGAAAUGAUCUCUGGCCUCAAAGUUAAUUUCUUCAAAAGCUCCCUAGUAGGACUCAAUGUUGAAAAGGUCAGCCUUGAAGCUUAUGCAGAGAAAUUGAAUUGUGCCACUGGCAAGUUUCCUUCUAAAUAUCUGGGGGUGCUGAUUGGUUCAAAUCCGAGAAGAAUGUCUACUUGGGCCCCGGUGAUUGACAUCAUGAAGAGGAGACUUUCCAACUGGAAGAGGGACUCGCUAUCCUUUGGUGGACGUAUAAUUCUUCUAAAUUCUGUCCUCUCGAGCAUCCCGGUGUACUACUUAUUAACCCUAAAAGCCCCAAAACAAGUGUUGGAGGCUAAGUAUAAAAUAGACAAAAGGGAGAUGUGGGAAGCAAAUAAAUGGGAUAGGCUAGGAUCGGCAUGGUGGAGAGACCUGCGGAAGAUAGAAUAUGAAGUAGAUGGAAAGAGAGGUUGGUUCAAGGAAGGGGUAGGAAAAAUAGUAGGAGAAGGGAAAGAAACACUGUUCUGGCAUGAGGUCUGGGCGGGAGAUAUGCCGCUAAAAGAGAAAUUUAACAGAUUAUUCCGAUUGUCCAAGGAAAAAUAUGUUUGUAUUGCAAAUAUGGGAGAAUGGAGAAAUGGGGAAUUGACGUGGAACUGGAAGUGGAGAAGGAGUCUCUUUACAUGGGAAACUGAUAUGCUACAAGAUCUCCUUUCAAUAGUACAAGGGACAAAGCUAAAACAGGGUGAGGACGACUGCUAUGUGUGGAAUCAUGACCCAACAGGCAAGUACUCAUCUCAUGGAAAGUAUGGUGUCUUUGCUACGAUUGGUGGGGCAUCAAGACAGCCUCACAAGAAGAUGGAUGGAAUCACCUAAGGCAACAUAUGGGCCUCAUAAGUAGGGGAAGAAAAAAGCAAGCCUGGUCAACAAUCUGGUUCUUCACAGUGUGGUCUAUAUGGUUGUGGAGAAAUGCAUUGACUUUCAAGGGAGAAACACAACGUACCGAACAAGUUAUUGAACUCAUCAAAGUCCACUCCUACUCAUGGAUCAAAGCAAGAUUGAACCCAGACCUACCCCAAUCAAUCUGGUUUAACAACCCAAAGGAAGCCUGCAAGAUACAGGUACAGUAAUCUUCUUUUGUGUAGGGAUAUGGCCCUGUGACCGCAAAUCCUUCCUUUUGUUCUAUCUAUAAUUAUGUUAUAAUGGGUUGAGGUACCCCUUGUACCUCCAAAAUAAAAUAAAAAAUUUUUU